UGUGAAGACAUGGCCUCCAGCACUGGGAAUGAAAAGAGUGUGAAUCCUGUGCUCAGAAUAAGUCAGCUUGAUGCUCUGGAACUAAACAAAGCCCUGGAACAACUAGUAUGGUCCCAGUUUACCAGCUGUUUCCAUGGAUUUAAACCAGGGAUUUUGGCUCAUUUGGAACCAGAAGUAAAAGCAUUUUUAUGGCUUUUAAUGUGGAGAUUCACUGUCUAUUCCAAGAACGCAACUGUUGGACAGGCAAUUCUGAAUAUUCAGUACAAGAAUAACUUAUCUCAGACAGAGAAAUACCAACCCCUGAGCAAACAGCAGAAGUUAUGGUAUCUUAUUCUCACUGUUGGUGGACGAUGGUUGGAAGAAAGAUGUUAUGACUUAUUCAGCAAU